AUGACACCUGCAGAAGCUCGACAGAGUCAGCACGUUUUGGCUUUUGGCAAGUCCACCUCGCCGUCAAGCAAAGCUGCAAUUUGGUGUAGCGAUGACACGGACUACUGCGCAAAUGACUUAGCAAUUCCACGCAGGAAGGGACACUGA